UGAAAUGUUUUACAUAACAUCAACUAGUAGUGACUUCAACAAGGAAGGUUUUAAACAAUUUCUUGUUUUUAAUGUUUCAUCAAUUUCAAAUCCUACUAUCGAGUUCCAAACUGUUCUUAGAUAAAUUUCAAAAAGGUCAAAUUUACAAUGAGCGCUUUAGAAUCUCUGGAUAAAUUAAAAUAUGAAGAGCAAGGUAGAUGGUGUAGCCCAUAUUGUUAGCCCUUCUGAAAUAAGUUCAUCAUUGGUUGACCCAAGGACAGUUCAUCGAUUAUCAGAUCCUACAGACAUAGUUUCCCUGGCUAAAGAAGUGCAAAAAGCUGAUGACUUUGUGAAAUGUAUUGCCACAAACAAGCUUCUUGUAAUUGCUGAACAAAUUCGUCAUCUUCAGGAACAGGCAAAGAAAGUUCUUGAAGAUGCAAAACAAAAUGCUUUACUUCAUCAUGCAGCGUGUAACUUUAAAAAAAUACCAGGAAAGAUGUAUUAUCUCUACCGUAGAAAGGAUGACACUUCUUAUUUUUCUAUGGUAUCACCAGAGGAAUGGGGAAAUUCAUGUCCACAUCAUUUUAUGGGCAGUUACAAACUUGAAUAUGACUUGUCAUGGACAAAGGCUGAAGAUGUUGAAAAACGUGGACGAGACUUGGAAGAAAUAUCACGUUUUUUAAAUAGUGAGAUGUCUUCGAUUGGAUAUAUUUGUGACUCUACAAAUAAAUCGGGAAGCUCCAAUUAAUUUUAAACUAAAACAUACAUGAUAUAAUAUAUUUUUUAUAUAAUUAUGGCGAUGUUUGAUGAAUUAUCUUACCUCAAACAUACUCCAUUAAAAAUAUAUAGAACCAUUUUUGGGGGUAUUAUUGUGGAGACCAAAUAAGAUGACGAUCCAAAAUAAAAUAAAGGGAAUAAAAGUUGUGUUGUGAAAAAGAAACGCACAAAAUAUAA